AUGCCGCAGUUUGCUGCAACCUUUGUCCCCGGAGGUUACGACGAUUAUUCCAUGCCCGAGAUGUACGCUCCGGCGCCCCAAAGGGUGAUGCCUGAAGUUCCUCAAAACAUGCAACAGGACCUCCAGCGCAUGGAAUACCAGGCAGGACAAGCUCGACCUCAACAUUCAAACAACGGCGCCGGGCCCAACUACGCUGGCGGCUACGGUCAAGAGCACGGCGAGCCCGACAGCAGCAACUUCCGACCCUUCGAGGACGAUCCGAACCACGCCCCCUACAAGUCGAUGGCGGCCAACGAGAUGCCGAGCUACACCCCCUUCCCCAAGGUGAAGGGGGACAACAUCCCACCAAGUGAUGUUGAAAAGGAGGAAAUAUUAUACAACGCGCGCGAACAUGUACUGCACUCCAACAAUGUCAAUAUGCAGCUGUCGUGGGCGAGGGACGCCCUCAACUACGUCGAGAUCGCGUCCGAGGAUCGCGCGCGGGGCGCUGCUAACAGCGGCCGCCCGAGUACCCCCCAGCAACAGCAUGAACUCCGUCUCGACGCCAUGAACAUCAUCAGGUAUCUCAGUGAACAGCACCACCCUGAGGCCGUGUUCAUGAUGGCCAAGUGGGACGAGUUCGGAAAGUUCGACGUGAGGGAGGACAAGAGGAAGGCUUUCAUGGGCUACAAGCUCGCAGCCGAGCAGGGCUGGGGGCGCGCCGAGUACAGGAUGGGAAUGCUCUUCGAGAACUCCAACGAGUUCGACAAGGCGAUCACGCACUACUACAACGGUGAGAGGCUGGGAGACUCUGCCGCCAUGUACCGGCUGGGCAUGAUGGCCCUGCUUGGGCAACACGGCCAGAGACAAGACUUCCAGCGGGGUAUCGACCUGAUCAACAGGGCCGCCGACACAGCAGACGAGGAUGCGCCACAAGGAGCCUAUGUCUUCGGAAUGCUCAUCGCCCGAGAUCUCCCCGACAUCACUGUCCCCGAGGGCCUUCUUCCCUACAAGGUCGACACCGCCAGGCAGUACAUCGAGAAGGCGGCGUACCUCGGAUUCGCGAAGGCCCAGCUCAAGAUGGGCCAAGCCUACGAGCUCUGCCAGCUCGGAUGCGACUUCCAGCCUGCUUACUCCCUGCACUACUAUGGCCUUGCCUCGGUACAAGGUCAGCCCGAAGCGGCGCUUGGCGUCAGUCGAUGGUUCCUUUUCGGGUACGAAGGCAACUUCGCCAAAAACGAGGGGCUCGCGUUCAAAUACGCAAAACAAGCCGCAGACGCCAAGCUUCCCACCGGCGAGUUUGCCAUGGGUUACUACCACGAGAUCGGAAUACACAUGCAGAAGGACCUGAACGAGGCACGGCGGUGGUAUGAGCUGGCAGCGUCGCAUGGCAACCCCGACGCCGUCGGACGAUUGGACAGCUUGCAGAGGAACAAGAGCUUGUCGAAGAAGGAUCACGAGACAACCGCUCUCACCAGAAUCAAGUCCCAGCAUGGCUCGAUGAGGGGCAAGCGGCCAGAGCGGCUGCAGAGGCUCAAGGACCAGCAACACAUGGCAGCGUUGCCCGAGGGCCCAGCAACGCCAAACGACCCGAGCGGAAGAAGCCCAAGAGCAUCGCCGAACCCGUCUCCCAGGCACGGUCCGCCAGGUGCCGAUGGCCGGCCACCUGCCUUUGGCUUGAACGUCAACGUGGACCACGGCAACCUCGCCAUGAGGCCGAAGUCAGCAGCGCCCUACCCAGAAGACGAAACGAAACCUUAUCCCCUCAACGUCAACAGACCGGCGUCCGCCGCUCCAUACCCCGAAGACGGAUAUCAGCCACCGAUGCGCAACCAAGGCGCUUUCGGAAUCCGUCCAGGAAGCGCUGGAAGAGGAGGACCCGGACCAAACAACCUGGCACCUGGUGUCAUCCCGCCAGCAGGCAUGCCCCCGGGUGGACGAGGCUACAGGCAGCCAAGCCCUGGGCCAGCAGGAGGCUACAGACAGGGCAGCCAGGGCAGCAUGGGCAGCAUGGGAGGACCGGAUGGACGAAGACCUGCCGGCGGACCAGGUGGAAAUGCAGCAGGACGAGGCGCACCGUACGGACCACAAGGCCCCCAGUCGCCACCGAUGAUCCCACCCGCAGGCUCCAUGCCCGGACAAGAGUACGGCGGACGGUCAAGCUCGUUCGCGCCGCGGCAAGACUCCCUCGGGGGCCCGCAGCAGCAGGGCCGCCAGUCGAGCGGGCCACGGCCACCUAUGGCCGGCUACACGCUGACAGACAACGGCGGGCGGGCAAGCGCGCCGCCGCAGCAGAACCCGGCCGGUGCGCGGCCCACGCCGCCCUCGUCGUCACACGGCCCCGGCACGGCCAGCCCCGCGCCCAGCACGGCCAGCGCGCCCCCCAAGGCGCCGCGCAAGCCGACGGACCACCCCGACGGCAAGACUAUGGGCAACGGGCCGGCUACGUUUGAUGAGAUGGGCAUCCCUAAGACUAAGGAUAAGGAUGAUUGUGUCGUCAUGUAA